CAGUGUCUCUUGGGAGGCGAAAGCGGCACAUCCCUGUUGUCCCGGAAUCUAAAAUCCACCCCAUCAGUCCAGGAGGACAACCACAUUCACACCACUACCGCCAAGAGAUGACCCGUCCAGUCUCCGCGCCCGAAGCCAACGCUACUACCGGGGGGCUUGGAGCUGCAUAGCACCAACGCUCCGCCGACUGACCCAAAGAAGGGAACAGAGAUUUUUUUGAUACGAACACCCAGGACUACUUAUCUUCUAAGGGAAUUAUCUAGCUAAUUUCAUUUUUUCCCCCCUCACUAAAGCAAGCAGCGGUCGUUGUGUUCAAUGACACCAUGCUCAUUGUCUCGUCCCGCAGUGCGCUGCUGUCCGUCUACUAUCCCCAGAUCUUCCUCAUCCUCACCAGCGGUAGCUACCUGGCACUGUCCUCGGUGGUAGCUUUGGGCGCUAACAUCAUCUGCAACAAGAUCCCUGGGCUGGCCCCUAGACAGCGCGCACUCUGCCAGAGCCGCCCGGAUGCCAUCAUCGUCAUCGGUGAGGGUGCCCAGCAGGGCAUCAAUGAGUGCCAGUACCAGUUCCGCUAUGGCCGCUGGAACUGCUCCACCCUGGGCGAGAGGACCGUCUUCGGACAAGAGCUGAGAGUAGGCAGCCGAGAGGCGGCGUUCACCUAUUCCAUCACGGCGGCUGGCGUGGCACAUUCGGUAACAGCGGCGUGUAGUCAGGGCAACCUGAGCCAGUGUGGCUGCGACAGGGAGAAGCAGGGCUACCAUGACCAGGAGGAGGGCUGGAAGUGGGGAGGCUGCUCGGCCAACAUCAAGUACGGCGUGGAGUUCUCCAGACGCUUCGUGGAUGCCCGAGAGAUCAAGAAGAACGCCCGACGUCUGAUGAACCUGCAUAAUAAUGAGGCAGGACGAAAGAUCCUGGAGGAGCAUAUGAAGUUGGAGUGUAAGUGUCACGGCGUGUCAGGCUCCUGCACCACCAAGACCUGCUGGAUCACCUUACCCAAGUUCCGGGAGAUUGGCUACAUCCUGAAAGAGCGCUACAGCGAGGCGGUCCAAGUCGAACCGGUCCGGGCCUCCCGUCUCCGCCAACCAUCCUUCCUUCGGCUGAAGGAGGCGCGGGGCUACCAGAAACCCACGGACACAGAUCUAGUCUACCUGGAGAGGUCUCCUAACUACUGCGAGGAGGACACGGCGACAGGGAGCACAGGGACGCGGGGGAGACUGUGUAACCACACGUCACCCCAUACCGACGGCUGCAAUCUGAUGUGUUGUGGUAGAGGCCACAACACCCACCAGUAUACCCGCGUGUGGCAGUGCAACUGCAAGUUCCAGUGGUGCUGUUUUGUGAAGUGUAACACGUGCAGCGAGAAGUCUGAGGUGUUCACCUGCAAAUAAAGGAUGGAUGGACAAGCAGAUGGAUGGAGGGGGACGGAGGGAUGAGGGACGGAGCUGGGAAAAGGGACAAGGCAAGGCCCUGAGAGAGGAUACAAGGAAGGAAAAAAGGGUACUAGGACGUGGACUUAGUGGGGAAGGACUUCAGGAGGGACUCUACAGAGUGGACUUGGAAAAUUGUUCAAUUCUUCACGGCUUCAUUUUGCACAUUGGACAUCCUAUUUGAUUUUAAAAAACAAAGGAAUGAUUAAAUGUACUAAAAUGACUUUGAGAAGUAGGCAUUACUUUGAGAAGUAGGCAAAUAAUGUUUUCUUCUUAUGUGCUGACUGGAAAACUGUGAUGCAGAUAUACUAUGUGUUGCAAGAUAUUGAUGAAGUGCAAGGAUUGUGGUUGUUCAUUUUCUCCAACCAAGCAAAUCUGUUUAUUGGAAACAUUGCGGACCCAAACUUUAUCAAGUGCAGUUUUCACCUCCUCGGUAACACUGCUCAUAAAAGCAAAAUAACCUCGACAUCUGAAACAGGGAAGGAAAAAAAAAACAGAUUAACUGACAUAAUUACAACCUCAAACUGGAAACGGUACAUCAGCAAAGUGCCUUUUGACUGCGAUGCGAGACGGAUGGAGAGAGAAAGCAUGGUUUCAAAAGACUGGCGUUGAAAUGGUGGUGUACCUUGACUAUCCAGUCACACUGUAUUUACAAUGCCUUCAGAAACUAUUCACACCCCUUGUUUUUUUUUAGUGUAGUGUUACAAAGUGUUAUUAAAAUGGAUUUGUAAUUUCCUGUCAACAAUAUACACAAAAUACUCUAUAAUGUCAAAGUGGGAGAAAAAUUCUAACAUUUGUAAUAAACAAAAAAC